AUGGCCCUGGCUGUCCUCGACCAGGCUUCUGAAGCGCCUCCUGCUGAAGAAAUGAAGUUCACCGCGACCUUGCCUACUGAACACGACAAGCCCGUGCAUGUGGUGGCCCCCGAAGAAGCUGAGAUGGACCAGGUUGCAGCUGCCGAAGAGGAGAUGGAGCAUGAGAUGGAGGACAAGAACGUGCACAAAAAAGCGAAGAAAGAGCGCUCCGAGCUGAGCAACACCUUAAGGAGAAAGAGUGAGAAGACGGACGCGAAAUUCCUCGGCGAUGACUUCUGGCUCCGGAUAGCGACGCAUCCGUUGUUGGAGCUGGUCUUUGCGAUUUGCAUCCUGGGCCAUGCAGUUAUGAUGUCCGCAGAGCUGCAGUACCGCGGCAUCACUGUUGGACAUGACAUCGAAUAUCCACACUUCAACCAGACGGCGGAGGAGGCCAUGCCUGGAGCGACUGUGGCUUUCGAUGUCCUAGAAUGGACAUUCGGUGUUCUCUUCAUGGUUGAAGCGGUCAUCAAGCUUUGGGGCCUACGCUGCAGCUACUUCAGGGAAGUGUGGAACUGGUUCGAUUUCGCAUUAGUGUGGCUUUGGAUUGCUGACCGUGCGCUGGAGAACCUGCCGUUCGAUACGUCUCUCCUCCGGCUCUUGCGAUUGGCUCGCUUGCUUCGCCUGGUAAAGUUGGCACGCACUGUUCAGGGUUUCGAUGCUUUGGCGGUGAUGACGACAUCGCUCUAUGGCAGCGUUCACGCCUUGAUCUGGGUCGCAGCGCUGCUGAUUUUGGUGCAGAUGACCUUCGCCCUUUUGCUUAGCCAGGUCCUCUUGUUCUACGUCGAGGAUCCCCGCUUUGAUAUAAAGGAUCGACAGGACGUCUUCGAGUACUUUGGCAAUUUCACUCGGAGCAUGCUCUCCAUGUUUGAAAUAACGCUGGGCAAUUGGCCCCCCAUCGCGCGGCUCCUCCAGGAGAAGGUGAGCUCCUGGUUUGUCGUCUUCAGCCUGUUGCACAAGAUUGUUUUUGGUUUUGCCUGCGUGGCUGUUAUCAACGGCGUCUUCAUGCAAGAGACGUUCAAGGUCGCUCAGCAAGAUGACCAGAUCAUGCUCAGGACCGUGGAGACGAAGAAAAUGGCUCACAGGAAGAAGAUGCAGAUGUUCUUCCAACACGCAAACGAUGACGAUGACAAGGUCCUGUCUCCCGAGGAGUGGAGGGAGGUGCUCGCUGAAGACAAGGUGAAGCAUUGGUUCGCAGCGCAAGGUUUGGCCAUCUCCGAUCCCGACCUGCUCUGGGAUAUCCUAGACACGUCUGGAGAUAGGGAACUCGACCUGGAAGAGCUGAUCCAAGGCACAGCUCGUCUACAGGGUCCUGCCAAAAGUUUGGACUUAGCUGUGCUCAAAAUGGAGCAUUUCCGCACCCAGCUGACCAUCAAGGACAUCCGGCAUUCUGUUGACCUACUCCGGCACCAGAUCAACUUGCUUGUCAGGAAUUCCUUGGACGUCGCUGUCACAUUCGAGGCUUGA